UUAGUUGCCCGUUGCUCCACAAGAACUUUAUUUUUUUUGCUUUGACUCUCUUCACUGGGAACUGCAAGGGAAGCUUAUCUCUGCUGAGGACUUUUGUUUUGUUUUGCCACUGCAUGAUGGAGGCCACUACUGCGGAAUAUGGUGACGGUUAUGAGUAUUAUGAUGACAAUGAAACUGCCUGUGACUACUCAGAGUGGGAGCCCUCUUACUCGCUGAUUCCAGUGCUCUACAUGCUGAUUUUCAUCCUGGGCCUGUCGGGUAAUGGUGUGGUCAUCUUCACCGUGUGGCGAUCCAAGUCUAAGCGCCGGGCUGCAGACGUCUACAUUGGGAACCUGGCCCUUGCCGACCUCACUUUCGUUGUAACCCUACCUCUGUGGGCUGUGUACACUGCUUUGGGCUACCACUGGCCGUUUGGUGUGGCCCUGUGUAAGAUAAGCAGCUAUAUUGUUCUGGUCAACAUGUACGCUAGUGUCUUCUGCCUCACCUGCCUGAGUUUUGACCGCUAUCUGGCCAUCGUGCACUCUCUGUCCAGCAACAAGCUGCGCUCCAGAGGCACCAUGCUGGCAUCCCUGGGUGCUAUUUGGUUGCUGUCUGGGCUCCUGUCUGUGCCCACGCUGCUCUUCAGAACAACAGUGCAUGACCUCAACAACAAUCAGACCACAUGCGCCAUGGACUUUAGCCUGGUGACCAUAAACCAGGGUCAUGAGAACCUGUGGAUCGCCGGGCUCAGCCUGUCCUCCUCUGCCUUGGGGUUUCUCCUACCCUUUUUGGCCAUGACCAUCUUCUACUGCUUCAUCGGCUGCACUGUCACCCGCCACUUCAACAACCUGCGCAAGGAGGACCAAAAGAAGAAGCGUCUGCUGAAAAUCAUCACCACACUCGUGGUGGUUUUCGCAAUCUGCUGGACUCCUUUCCAUGUGCUAAAGAGCCUGGAUGCCCUCUCCUACCUGAAUCUGGCCCCGAACUCCUGCGGAGUCCUGCGUUUUGUGCUUCUGGCUCACCCCUACGCCACCUGCCUGGCCUACAUCAACAGCUGCCUCAAUCCCUUCCUGUACGCCUUCUUUGACCUGCGCUUUCGCUCCCAGUGCUUGUGCCUGCUCAACCUGAAGAAGGCCAUGCACGGCCAGAUGAGCUCCAUGUCUUCCACUCUCAGCGCCCAGACUCAGAAGUCAGAGAUUCAGUCUCUAGCUACCAAGGUUUAAAGUCCAAGAGAAGGAGUGAAGCAUGAAAUCAUGGCUGCAGGACAGUCCAAGCUCCAACCACUGGAACACUUCCUAGAAUAAAAACUUUAUGAAUCAGAUGUUAAAAGCUGGUAAGGAGACAUGAUGAACUUUGAACUUUCACUGCCUUCAGUCUUGAUGUCCGAUGUAUAUCCCUCCUAUUUUGCAAGAGAAGCUGAAGCUCUAUGUAUUGUGCGGACUUGACAAGCUAGAGCCAGCUGGCUGAGCUCUUUGGCUUCUCUGGUCCUCAGAUUCUCAUAGAAAAAAAAGUCUAUAUUUUUUUGUGUUUAUGAUUUGUAAACUGAAACUCACAUACACUGGAUGAAACAUAUGGCUGUACAGUAUUUUCAUACCCUUCUUUUGUCUACAACCCUUGCUGUUUUGUUUUCUAAGCACUUGUAAAGACUUAGUGAGCAGAAGGAUCAAACAGAAAGCCUGAUGGAAGAGGGAGGGAGGUGUAAGAGGAGAAAAGGUGUUGCAGCUUAAUUAUAUAGUUUGUGGAGUAAAAGCGGGGGGGUUGGGGG